AUGAACCAGGUCAGUGACGCCUAGAAGGCCGGUGACGUAGACCUCCGGAGCUGGUGAACGGAAUGAGCAGCAUUCAUAUUUCUUGCGCUUUGCGAAGCAGAGCAGAGCUGUUGUGAAGGAAGUUGUUAAGGAAGAGAGAUUGUGUUUAUACAGGACCUCCCGCCCCCACCUACCGUCAACCAAUCAUGUUAAUGUGGAACCAUACAGAGCUAUAUGGAGCCCUCCGCAUUGUUAAACAAUUUCGGAGGCGCACAGCAAUGCGGUACGGAGCUCGAUUUGGCCUCCGCAAUUGCGUCACACCCUCUGUAUGGAGCCUCCGGAACACAUUGCCAGAGCAAGCAUAAAUUUGCUUUUAAUCGAUGUCCACAUCAUUGGCGCCCGGGGAGUAGUUGUGGGGGUUAACUGUCUUGUUCAAGGGCAGAAUGGCAGAUUUUUCCACCUUGCCGGGUUAGGGAUUCCAACAAGCAACCUUUCAGUUACUGUCCCAACGCUCUAACUGCUAGGCUACCUGCAGUAUUGGCCACGUGUGUGUCAGUGUGUGUCUCUCUCAACGAAGAAAAUCACUGACUAAAUAAAUGGCUUAUAGAUCAAUAGUUCUCAAUGUGGGGGUUGCGAGGUUUUGGGUGGUCGCGAGUGAAACUGAAAAUAAAAUAAUAUACAGUGCAUUCGGAAAGUAUUCAGACCACUUGACUUUUUCCAUAUUUUGGUAUGUUACAGCCUUAUUCUAAAAUUGAUUAUUUUUGUAAUUGUUUUUUAAAUCAAUCUACACACAAUAACCCAUAAUGACGAAGCAAAAACAGGUUCGUAGACAUUUUUGCAAAUGUAUAUCUAAAAAAAAAAGAAAUUAAAUAUCACAUUUACAUAGGUAUUCAGACCCUUUACUCAGUACUUUGUUGAUGCACCUUUGGCAGCAAUUACAGCCUUGAGUCUUCUUGGGUAUGACACUACAAGCUUGGCACACCUGUAUUUGGGGAGUUUCUGCCAUUCUUCUCUGCAGAUCCUCUCAAGCUCUGUCAGGUUGAAUGGGGAGCGUCGCUGCACAGCUAUUUUCAGGUGUCUCCAUAGAUGUUCGAUCAGGUUCAAGUCUGUGCUCUGGCUGGGCCACUCAAGGACAUUCAGAGACUUGUCCUGAAGCCACUCCUGUGUUGUCUUGGCUGUGUGCUUAGGGUCGCUGUCCUGUUGGAAGGUUAACCUUUGCCCCUGUCUGAGGUUGUGAGCGCUCUGGAGCAGGUUUUCAUCAAGGAUCUCUCUGUACUUUGCUCCGUUUAUCUGUCCCUCGAUCCUGAUUUGUCUCCCAGUCCCUGCCGCUGAAAAACAUCCCCACAGCAUGAUGCUGCCACCACCAUGCUUCACCGUAGGGAUGGGCCAAGUUUCCUCCAGACGUGACGCUUGGCAUUCAUGCCAAAGAGUUCAAUUUUGGUUUCAUCAGACCAGAGAAUCUUGUUUGUCAUGGUUUGAGAGUCCUUUAGGUGCCUUUUGGCAAACUCCAAGCGUGAUGUCAUGUGCCUUUUACUGAGGAGUGGCUUCCGUCUGGCCACUCUACCAUAAAGGCCUGAUUGGUGGAGUGCUGCAGAGAUGGUUGUCCUUCUGGAAGGUUCUCCCAUCUCCACAGAGGAACUCUGGAGCUCUGUCAGAGUGACCAUUGGGUUCUUGGUCACCUUCCUGACCAAGGCCCUUCUCCCCCGAUUGCUCAGUUUGGCCGGGUGGCCAGCUCUAGGAAGAGUCUUGAUGGUUACAAACUUCUUCCAUUUAAUACUGAUGGAGGCCACUGUGUCUUGGGGACCUUCAAUGCUGCAGAAAUGUUUUGGUACCCUUCCCCAGAUCUGUGCCUCGACACAAUCCUGUCUCGGAGCUCUUCGGACAAUUCCUUCGACCUCAUGGCUUGGUUUUUGCUCUGACAUGCACUGUCAACGGUGGGACCUUAUAUAGAAAGGUGUGUGCCUUUCCAAAUCAUGUCCAAUCAAUUGAAGUUACCACAGGUGGACUCCAAUCAAGUUGUAGAAACAUCUCAAGGAUGAUCAAUGGAAACAGGAUGCACCUGAGCUCAAUUUCGAUUCUCAUAGCAAAGGGUCUGAAUACUUAUGUAAAUAAGGUAUUUCUUUAUUAUUGUUUGUAAAAUAUUUGCUAAAAGUUCUAAAAACCUGUUUUCGGCUGGUCAUUAUGGGGUAUUGUGUGUAGAAUGAUGAGGAUUAUUAUUUUUUUAUCCAUUUUAAAAUAAGGCUUUAACGUAACAAAAUCUGGAUACUUUCCGAAUGCACUGUAUAUAUACAAAAAUAAAAUGUUUUUUAAAUACUUAUUUUAAGAGGCUACAUGUAGCCUACCAUUUGUAUUUUAUAGUUAUACUGUACCUUUACCUAUUCGAUCUGGUUAGAAACAUAGGCCUACGGCAUUACACCAAAUUCUUGUCUCAAAAACAUUUAAUUUGUGCUUCAGAAACAAAAAGUUGUGAGUCCUGUGUUGAACAAUGAAUGACCAGUCUUCAGCAUUGGUGCGCUAAGUCAGGUGCACAUAUCCAGAUUAGGGCCCAGAAAUCACUUGUUACAUUUUCUCCUGCUUUGCCUGGCAAAAACAGAGUAGCCUACAUUCAUAUUAUCUAUGUAAAAUACGAUUUAGCAAUCUGCUACGGAUGCAUCUUUGCCAAAACAAUAGGUUACCUGGCGAUUUCACUGAUCAUUUCCAUAUUUCAGAUCCAAUGCAGCCAUUUUUAUAUCAAUAUCAAAUCAUUUCUGGGUAACAAUUAAUGAUUGUUUUCAAUUAAAAUGGUCAAAAAGAAACAAAAAUAGCUUCUUUGCAAAGAGCAAUUUCUCAAGCAAGAAGUGUGCAGGAGGACAUGAGACAAAGGAAUGUGUAGUAUCGGUGGGAAAAGUUUUGUGCGUAAACUGUAGCCAUGGUGCUAGAGAUCAGAGGUGUCCGGUGAGAGAAAGGCAGAUUGAGGUUGCCAGGAUCAGAGUACAUUUACAUUUUAGUCAUUUAGCAGACGCGCUUAUCCAGAGCGACUUACAGUUAGUGAGUGCAUACAUAUAUAUUUUUUUUCAUACUGGCCCCCUGUGGGAAUCGAACCCACAACCCUGGCAUGGCAAGCGCCAUGCUCUACCAAUUGAGCUACACGGCAGUGAAGAGAGUAGUAGAGGAAGAUGGUUCCAGGGUGAGGGAUCCUAAGAGGAUCUCUGUAAGUAGGCUGAGGCCAAUAUAUAUAGUGAUAGGAAUAACGUGCUUCAGUAAGCUUAGUCUUUUGGCGUUCAUGGUCAUGGUUGUCAAUUGUACCGCAGGAAUGGAAUGUAAAUCACAGAGGAUAGAUGUUGUGGUGGCAGCUGCAGAUAAGUACUUGGGUGUACGAGAUUUUACUGCCGAAGAGUUACAAGAUGUUUUGAAUGAUAGUGUCCCGUCCUCCAAGACUGCUGGCCUGGAGUAGUAUCAGAUGGGGCAAAGGUAGUGGAAUAGUGGUGAUGUUUUAAUUGGUUCAGGGUUAGUUGGUAAGGCAACUGUUUUUGUAUUUAGUUUCAGUUUUUUUGUUUAGUUUAAUUUGUCUUUUUUUACACAAAGUGUAAUGAAUUCAUACUACAGAAUAGUAGACUGAUACACAGCCAAUACAGCGGCAUGCACCUAUGACAUUUGUUUGCAGACCGCCAUAAUACCAAAGAAGAAGAAGAGACAAUUGAUACAUGGAUUGUGUAUGUGUGCCAUUCAGAGGGUGAAUGGGCAAGACAAAAGAUUUAAGAUUGAAUUGCCUUUGAACGGGGUAUGGUAGUAGGUGCCAAGAAUGUGUCAAGAACUGCAACGCUGCUGGGUUUUUCACACUCAACAGUUUCCCGUGUGAAUCAAGAAUGGUCCACCACCCAAAGGACAUCCAGCCAACUUGACACAACUGUGGGAAGCAUUGAAGUCAACAUGGGCCAGCAUCCCUGGCCCAUGUUGAUCUAUUAUGUGAUCUAUUAUAUUGACAAGUCGAGUGACUGCUCUAAUAAUGUUGACUUCAAUGCUUCCUCAAAGAUGGAAGGCAGGCGGGAGGAGGUAAGAUCAGGUGGGACCACACUAGCCAUUGAGGGGGCAGAUACACUGCUCUUCCUCUCUGCUACAGUUCAAAAACCCUAGCUGCUUCACUGGCUGAAGAGACCGAUUUAGAAGCAAAGCAAAUAGCCUACAUUUUGAUAAAACAAUUAGAAUACAUAGACAGCACCCAACUUCCCCUUUAACAUAUGCAUUAGGAUUAUUUAGAAUUUAUGCAUUCAUUCAAUGUUUUAUUGUAAUACAUGAUGACUUGUGUUUAAUAAAAAUCACUGUAUGCAUUUCUAGUAGAUCGCUAUUGCCUUACCUAUGUGUUACAAUGCAUUCGGAAAGUAUUCUGACCCCUUGACUUUUUCCACAUUUUGUUACAUUACAGCCUUAUUCUAAAAAUGAUUACAUUUUAUUUUUCAUCAAUAUACACACAAUACCCCAUAAUGACAAAGCAAAAGCAGGUUUCUAGAAAUGUUUGCUAAAACAGAUUUUUCAGAUUGAAGAGGGAAAAAAACGAUUUAAUCAAUUUUAGAAUAAGGCUGUAACGUUAAACAAAAUGUGGAAAAAGUCAAGGGGUCUGAAUACUUUCCGAAUGCACUGUAUAAAAGCCAAUCUAACAACUUGUUAGGCUAUAUAGUAAGUAGCCUUGUGUCUAAAUGUUCCCCCUCUUCCCCUCUUCCCUAAUGAGCUAUUUCAUACCAUAUACAGACAAAAUAUUAGGCAUAACUGACUGCAUGAACUGUGUCAGUGUGUCUUUAUUUUCUUCCUACGGUGACUACACCCCAAUCCUCUGCAGUACUCGGACCAGCAGAACCAAAUAAGUCGGUUCAUUUCAGACAUUUAGCAGUGUUGGCCUCAAGCACGUUUUUUGGUCUCUCUAACCUUUUCUGCGCCACCAAAACAAGCUACAAAUGGACAGAACCAAAACAAAUGAUCUAAUGAUUCUGUCUCUUCACAGAAUCAUGGCUGUGGAGGGAUUCUAGUUGUGGAUUUAAAAGAAAACAUGAAUCAUCCGUUUACAAUGACACCUUUGUUUUUAAGCCCUGGAUUUCUAAUCCUCUGAUAUUAUUAUUAUUAUUAUUAUUAUUAUUAUUAUUAUUAUUAUUAUUAUUAUUAUUAUUAGUGUGCAAAGCUCUUAGAGAAUACUUUUCUAAUCAAGAUAUAUUAGUGUUUUAUUUUUCAUUAGUAAAAAAAAUAAAUAUAUAUAUCCUUCCACUUUGACAUUACAGAGCAUUUUGUGUAGAUUGUUUGAACCCCACUUUGUGGCAAAAGUCAAGGGGUCUGAAUACUUUCCGAAGUCACUGUAUUGAAUUAUGCUAAUAUCACAAUAUACGACAAUCAUUCAGACUCUAAAUUGAGCUUAGGUGGAUCCUGUUUCCAUUGAUCAUCCUUGAGAUGUUUCUACAACUUGAUUGGAGUCCACCUGUGGUCAAUUCAAUUGAUUGGACAUGAUUUGGAAAGGCACACACCUGUCCAUAUAAGGUCCCACAGCUAACAGUGCAUGUCAGAGGAGCAAAAACCAAGCCAUAAGGUCUUAAUGAAUCAGCAUAAGUUACUAGCGGGUGAGGGGAUAUCUAGCCAACCGCUCAGACAAGCUUCAGCUAGCCGUUUUAACAUGGUCCUUCGUAUUGCCGGAUUCUGACUUAGUGAUGGUGUUCCAGUACCCAGAUGAGGAUUAUUUUCUGCACCCCAGGAUGCAGACGAGUUACCCUGCAGUCCGAAGCCAUAUUGGGUUAUUGUCAGUCACCAAACACACGAGGCCAUCGAUUCCCAGAGGAAGAUGAGCUGCGAGACUAUGGGUUUUCACUCGAACCCUAAUCAAGCACACCUGAUUCUAAUAAUUAGCUAGUUGAUAAACUGAACCAGAUUAGUUACAACUGGGGUUGGAGCGAAAACCUACAGGAGGGUAGCUCUCCAGGAACAGGGUUGGAGACUCCAGGAACAGGGUUGGAGACUCCUGCUCUAGGACCUCCAGGCCAGAGUCACCGCCGUGGAAGCGCUGGCACCGUUGCUACUCUCCUGACCACCACCGCUCUAGGCCCGCCACGGGAGCGCCACCACAGCCGAAACUCCCUGAGUCGGCCCGGCUACUCCCCUGAGAGACACUACUCCAAGCCUCUCCAACCAGAGCAUUCACCACCUCUCUAGGACCAUUGGGACUUCCACUACGUCCUGAUGUGGCCCUGUUAUUCACCAGAUUAACCACUUCCCCCCUGGGUGGCCCAGCUGCUCCCCUGACCGACGUCAUGCUAGGUCCACCCGACCCGAAGCUACAGGAGCACCAAGUCCGCUUCUGCUCUCCAGAGCGACCUAGCUCCCCAGCAGAUGAAGACAACUCCAGAGUGCACACUCCACCACACCAAGGUCUGUACCCUCCUCAGCCAGAGCCUCGACUAGCCAUAGUUAAGGAAACUCCCGCUCCAAUCGUGGAGCCACAGCCAACCGCUGCCAUGGGGCCUGUUCUGGUGGCCGUUGUGAAGUCGUCCUCUCCUCUCAGUGGGGAUCCCCUGCUAGUCAAGGCAGACACUCGGGUGCCUGAGGUUUGACUGUCUGCUGCCCUGGAACCUUCAACCACGAAGUCUCCACCUGCCUCUCCCACUCCUGGUCCUUGUGGCCGUAGGCUGGGACUUGCCUGCCCCUAGGAUGGCGCCUCAGCCUGCAGCUACUGCAGAUGUCAAGUGCAGCUCGGAUGUUGGGGCCUCUCCCGUCAUGACCUGGUGGGAUCAGCCCUGGCCUGUCUUCGAAGUUCAGCCUUCCGCUGUCAAGACCCAGCCUCCGGCCACACGGACUCAGACCGCUCCUGCUGGCCCGGUCCUGUCAGCCCCUGCCUGUUGGGACCUGCCAGUCUCAGGCCUGAUGUCCCUGCUGUCUCCACUUGCUAGCACCCUGCUAGUUCCAGCCUCGAGGACCCUGAUACCUCCAGACCUCCCAGACCUCGCCUCAGGGGAUCCUCCAGCUCUCCAGGGGGAACUCGCCAGACAUAACCCCGGGUGACCCACCAGAAGUCACCGCUGAUGUCCCCCCUAACCUAGAUGUCCAGUUCACUGCCACCAUGGUAGGGUCAGAGUUUCCUUCCUUCCCGGUAGGAUCAGAGUUCCCUUCCUUCCCGGUAGGGUCAGAAGUCCCUUCCCAGUAGGGUCGGAGUUCCUUUUCUUUCUGGUAGGGUCAGAGUUCCCUUCCUUCCUGGUAGGGUCAGAGUUCCCUUCCUUCCCGCUAGGCCCCACAUUCACUUUGCCAUCAGGUCCGUAGUCUUCUGCACUCAGCCAGUUCAGCCAGUUCCCCUGUCAGGCCCAGUCAGUAUCCCUGUUAGGUUCAGAGUCGUUCUCCCUCUCGGGUUCAGAGUUGUUCUCCCUCUCAGGCCUAGAGUCAGCUUCCCUGUCAAGAGCUAACUAAACUCUACAGUGGUGGGGUGUGAGGCAGAGUUGAGUGAAGCAGUUUCAACUGUAAACUUGACCUCGCCCUUAUAAAUCAAAUAAAUAUGACAGGCAGAGGCGUAUCCCGCUCAUGGGUCCUAUUUUUUUUAUUAUAUGGGGCUUUGGAGACAAAACGGAUGGCACUGUGAUAGACUACAUCCAAUUCGCUGAGUAGAGUGUUGGAGGCUAUUUUGUAAAUGACAUCGCCGAAGUCAAGGAUCGGUAGGAUAGUCAGUUUUACGAGGGCAUGUUUGGCAGCAUGAGUGAAGGAGGCUUUGUUGCGAAAUAGGAAACCGAUUCUAGAUUUAACUUUGGAUUGGAGAUUCUUAAUGUGAGUCUGGAAGGAGAGUUUACAGUCUAACCAGACACCUAGAUAUUUGUAGUUGUCCACAUACUCUAGCCCGUCGAGAGUAGUGAUUCUAGUCAGGUGGGCGGGUGCAAGCAGCGUUCGGUUGAAGAGCAUGCAUUUAGUUUUACUAGUGUUUAAGAGCAGUUGGAGGCUACUGAAGGAGUGUUGUAUGGCAUUGAAGCUCGUUUGGAGGUUUGUUAACACAGUGUCCAAUGAAGGGCCAGAUGUAUACAAAAUGUGUGCCCACUAGGACUAAUUGAAAUCAGAAAAGUGCAAAUCAAGUGUAGCCUACCUGGGUACACAUGGCUCGUUCAAACAGUGCAUGGAACUUGCUGACAAGUCAUUGUUUUCAAUAGGACUUCAGUGGCAAAAGUACAUAGGUCUACGCGAGGUUGCACCCUCUUCAAUCUAUAGGCUAGGGGCAUAAUAGCAUCCAAAUUGAGCUCUCAUGGACCAAGAGAGGUAACAGGUGCAAUUUUGUGGCUUUGUUAACAGGCACCACAGGUAGUGUAUGGGCAAAGUGCACACGGUUUUCCGACUCUUUGUGCAUUGAAGCACCACAUCAAACUGUCUGUAAGUUGUGAUAAUGCUUUAAAUCCAUCACUGCAAAUAAUAGACAGUUUCGAAAUCAUUUUAGGGUUGAGGAAUGAUUCUGUGGAAGGCUUGGCGACAGAGUGCACCUGCUACGGCAAGCCCAGGCACAACGGGAGGUGCGCUUUAUUGGGCGGGCACGCAGUAAAUAGGCCUGUAGGCUAUAUCAAUAGGUUUAGGCUACAAUAUCCUUUCAUAGUUUGCAUAUCAAUACAACAACAUAGGUCUAUCAGAUAGCGGACAUUUGGGGGGCAUAGGGCCUACCUUUUCUGGAGACACAGGAUAUUAAUGUUUCAGUUAUGACAUCACUUGUUUACAAUAUUAGUUGCACAAGUCUAGCACACAUGGGCUGUAUAACUUUUUGGCUCAGAAGAUGGGUGUCUCCCAUUUGCUUUUAGAUUAGUUUCAAUAUGCCUACUAUGUCAAAAAGUGGGGGCAAAGAAGAAGAAAAUGUGACUAGGCCUAGGAUAAUGCUUUGUUCGUUCUUCAUAUUAAUGUCGCUUCACAUUUGUAUAAUUAUAAAGAUGGAUGAUGAAAGCCUAUGGGAUGAAUAUGUAGACUACAGAAUCAGUCAUCAUGUAGGCCUUUGGCUAGUUGACUACUUUAAGAAUAGUUUAACAAUGUAAAUGGAUCAAACAAAUUAGUUUUAGAUAUGAGCUUGAUUCAAAAUGUUUAAUGUAGAGUGAAUUGGCAAAAGGUUUAAUUAUUGCAAACCAAGUGACAGGGAUGGGGGUCUACUAUCAAAACCCUUACCAAAACCCCACGUCUAAAAAGUUUUGUCAUGAUUGUCUCUGUCUUUGUAGGGGUCACAGGAUGUCCCAGAGAGGACAUCCCCUGUAUUCUUCAGAGGAAAACUGGGGGAGAAGGUUAGUGUGAUAGCAUGACAUUCCAAAUGAUCUGAGAUUCUCAUUUUUUAUUUUAUUUUUAUGUCCCAUAAUGAUAUUUUUUAAAUUAUGUCCCUCCCAUUUCCAGUCCUAAUUCCAGAACCAUUCCCACUGUAGUAUCCAUUGACAUUGAGGUUUGUUAAAACACUAUCCACAGCUCCAUCAGGAGACCCCAGGGUUUGACCUGUCGGACCCCAACAUGAGAGUAAUUGAUGUUAGUUAUAACUGCCUCCACGACAAACAUCUGAAGUGGUUUUUCCGCCAUCCGGAGAGGAAGAAGCGGCUGGUGAAGAAAGGCCUCAUCACCUCAAAUGAGAAGGCAUGGCAAACCUCAUUUUUCUUUACAAAAUCUAAAAGUGACACUUGUAUAGAACUGAUAAAAUUGGACAGGUGUAAGCAAUAUGAUGGCUAGGUGACAUUUUUGCCAUUUUGCUUAGUUUACACUAAUCUAAAUCUACAAGUGCAUAUGGUCGUUGUUAGUGCAGGUUGUAAAAGAGAAUGUGUUCUUAAUGACUUACCUGGCUAAAUAAAGGCAAAAUCAAUCAAUAUUGGGGUAGGGGUUAGAGGUAGAUUUGGGAUUGGGAUUGGGUGUCUGUACACAUGAACUUCCUCUAAAAUGGCUCUUUUGUGGCUCCUCCCUUUCAGGUGCUGUGUACUCGUAAAGAGUACAAUCAUUACAGUAGCUACAUCAAGUCAGUUCAGUUGCUGUGGGAGAAGCAGUGCUGUGCCCAACAGGUUAGAGUGGUCUACUUUCUAGAUACACAAUUAUGAAAACACAAAAGCUAUAUUGUAAGACACACCUUUCCAUGUGUGUUAGAUAUUUCAACUGUGUAUGUAAUUUGCUGUCACUCAUUGAUCAGGAAAGGGUUUUCAGAUCACGUGACAAGACUAGAAAAAACUUGUGGAAGGUAAGGGUGCAAAUUAAUCUCUCUCUCUCUCUCUCUCUCUCUCUCUCUCUCUCUCUCUCUCUCUCUCUCUCUCUCUCUCUCUCUCUCUCUCUCUCUCUCUCUCUCUCUCUCUCUCUCUAUCUCUCUCUCUCUCUCUCUCUCUCUCUCUCUCUCUAUCUCUCUCUCUCUCUCAGAAAAUGCUUCUGAAGCAGUUCCUAGUCUUGCAGCAGCAAGGGGAGGUUCCAUCCCACAUCUCACUGACGGAUAUUAGAGAAUGGCUCAUUGCCAAGGGUAGAAACUACUUCAAGAAGACGUGAGUGCUAUUCGAAUAUUUUACUAAAAUUGUUAAAAAACCUAAGCAAAGGUGUGGCAUCACAUCAACCUCCUAUCUAGCAAUAACUUAAGAAAUAGAUAUGGUGGACAGUUUGAGCUGUAGAAAAAUAAAGGUAAAUCACGUUUUAUGUUCCCUUGUAUGUGAAGGUUUCAGAGUGAAAUGAAAGAGGGGAAGAACCUUUACUUGGCCGAACUGGCUUGGGAUGUGAAACGGCGCCUCAGGCUUGAGGAGCUGGAAAGAGAAGUGUGCAGGGAGCUGCACCUGGAGCGCAGAAUCCCCUGGUCUCUGAUAGGACAGGUAAGGAUGGAACAGCGGCACUCCUAGGGCUGAUAUCAACUCACAGUUGCUAAGCAGCAGUAGGACCUCAGUGUUUCUGUUGGUAUCUUCAUCCAUGUGCCUCUCUCUCUUACCCGUCUCUCUUAGCCUGGUAGCCAGAUGGGAGAUUGGAGACCUCUGGGCAUGGAGACACACACACCUCUGGGCAUGGACUCUCCCUCCAGACACUCCACCUCCUCGAUGGACACUCUUUCCAGUCAGAUCUUGACUGAGAACCUCCAGGUUGCUAGGCUACAUACUGCCAGACCACAUACUGCCAGACCACAAACUACCAGACCCCGUACUGCCAGACCACCAACUGAAAGACCCAGCAGUGGCUCGGAUCACUCUGGAACCUUGUCUACUGUGAUGACCUGCUCACCACAUUCAACUAGCCCGUCAGUGGUAGGUCAUUUUGGUCAUGAACAUGUUCCCAGCUUUCACUCUUUGGGGGCUGUAGACAUAUUACUGCUUCCCUGUCUCUCAUCUCCUGAGAAAUCUGUAUCCAAGUAUUUGGAUGAUAUGAUGUGAUAUAUAUUUUCCACUUUGGUAAAUGUAAAACUUCUAGAUGAGACAGAUGAUUAAGUUGCAACAAUGACUGAUUUGGAGACCACACAUUUGAUAUACAGUAAUUGCUAAAAAAGUGAUUAACGUGUUUUGAUUUGGAACAUAAAUCCUGAUUAAUCCUGUCGAUGUACCUUUCUGUGUUCAUAUAUACAGAUUACUGUUAGGGACCUGCUGCUCAUGAUUGGGCACAUAAAGAGCUCAUUAUUGGAGGAGGUAAAUAGCAACCUGAUCCCUGCCAUGGUUGACUUCAUAAGGCAGAGAGCUUCAGAAAGUGCUGCAGAGAGUGUGCUCCCCAUCAGCAAAGACACCAACGAAGACUCAACCCAGGGCUCUGUCAGCUGUACCUCCCUACUCUCCAAAGUCAAUAUUAUCUAUCUCACUCAGAGUCCUGACAGUAGGUCCUCCUCAAUCUCCAUCGAUGAACCAGUCACUGCUGUCCAGACUUAUUGUAGCAGUAGUUCUCUGUCCAGUGAGGAACGAGCACACUCUUCCUCCAGUCAGAUCUCUACUGAGAACCUCCUGGCUGCUAGGCCACAAUAUACCAGGCCACAGUCUGUCAGGCCACAGUCUGUCAGGCCACAGUCUGUCAGGCCACAGUCUGUCAGGCCACAGUCUGCCAGGCCACAGUCUGCCAGGCCACAAUCUGCCAGGCCACAAUCUGCCAGGCCACAAUCUGCCAGGCCACAAUCUGCUAAACCACGUACUGCCACUGACUACUCUGGAACCUCAUCUGCUGUGGUUGGUCGUGGGCAUGUCGUUCCUGUCAAACUGACCUUGGACCCUUUCUCCUCCUUGCUCUCCAGCGAAGAGACCAACACCAACCUCCCCUCCAGCAGCCCCUCCUCGUGCUCCAUCAAGCUUUCAGACAGCAGGAGUGACAUUCCUUGCUCCCUGGCCUUAAGCUCCAUUUCAAAUGUUUCUGGAUGUGACUCUAGCAGCAGCACUUCUCUGUCCAGCGAGGAACAAGCUCACUCAGCCUCCAAUCAGAUCUCUACUAAUAACCUCCAGGCUGCUAGGCCAUGUUCUGCUACACCACAAUCUGCUAUGUCACAGUCUGGCAGGUCACAAUCUGACAGACAAUGCACUGCCACUGAUGACUCUGAAACCUCAUCUGCUGUGGUGGGCUGCACACCACAUUCAGCUAGCCCAUAUGUGAUAGGUCCUUUUAGUCAUGGACAUGUCAUCCCCUUCAAACAGACCUUGGCCAGUUUCUCCUCCUCCUACAACACCAGCUUCCCCUCCAGCCAGGGCUCAUCUAGCAGCAGCUCCCUGGUGUCUACCACUUUGAAACUCUCAGCCACUGACAUGCCUCCCAAGCAGGGGUCAGCCAGGAGCACCUCCGCCUCCUCCUCGUGCUCCAUCAAGCUUUUAGACAGCAUGAGUGACAUUCCUUGCUCCCUGGCUGUGAGAUCUAUUUCAACUGUUCCUGGACCUGACUCUAGCAGCAGCCCUGUGCGGGAGCAUCAAUUUGCUACUGAGGUCUCAUCGAUCUGCCUCAGCCUAGAUAAAAAUGUCCAAGGAGGGAGUGUGACACCUCCAGACUCUUCGGAUGUUUCCCUCCCCUCCAUUAUUGAGCGGGCUGGGGUACUUGUAUGUUCCGUCAUCUCCCAGUCUUUAGAAAUUGUGGAGGCGCAGUCAAGUGUGAAUGUUGAGGAGGGCUCUCCAUCUCCCACCACAGUCUCCCAUUCUCCUACAAGGGUGUUUGUCAGCCACUUAAGGAGUAGCCCACUAGGUGAGGACCUUGUAGAUUCAACACUUGGGAAUGUUAUCGCUGUCCUGAAAAUGGAGGGAAUUCUUUCCUCCUCUCCGACUUUUGAGGAGGAGCUGCUUGAUCUCUCCUCCAGUUGUUCUUCGUCAUCCAGUGAAACACUGCGAUGUGUGUCUGUUGGCCCUCUUGGCAGCGGGUCGGAGACAUCCUUCAAACUUCUUGGGGGUCGUACUCUGAGUAUCGCCACCCCAACGGCCCAUGUGAUCACAGAAGACUUAGAAGUCUACAGUGAUGAGAUCAUUGAUGAAAUCCUUAUUAUAAUGAGGACCAAAAAAGAAGAUGACAGUGGGAGUGACCUCUCUGGUGCAUCAACACCAUGCAACACAUCAGAGAGCCGGUCCUCCUCUGCUCUGAGGGGAGUGCUUCCCUGUGACAGGAGGAUACUCAGUGCAACACUGCUGGGAAUCCAGAACACACUAGACAGUGUAAACCUCUCAGGAGAGUGCUCCAUCUCACCACAGGACAAUGCCAGAGUCCUGGAGAUGAUAGAGUUGCUGCAGAGGCGCCUUGAGGGGACAUCCUCAGAGUCCUCCAUCCAUAUCACAGAUGUGGCUUCACCCCAGGGCUUUCCUCUCCCUGUAUCUCUCCGUGCUGUUCAGUCGUGUGUAGUUGCCAGUGACAAAGACCUGAAGGCAGAAAGAGUGAAGGGAGUCUUUGAAAGCCUGAGAUCCCAGUUUAUGAGCAACUCCAUCAAGCCUGUGAGCAACAUAAUCGCCAAGGCAACAACAAAGAUGGCUGCCUCCAAUCAGGUUAGCUUAGAGACACUCCAGGCAGCAUCAGCAAAAUCAUCUGCUGUGGCUCAGAACCUUAUUAGUUCGGUUAUAUUUAAAGUUGCAAAGGAGUCCUGCUCUGAUGACUUAGAAUGUCUGGGUGAUCAGCUGAGAUGCCCCUCAGCUUUGGCCAGAGUUCUGACACUUUUAACCUCAGAGAAAGCUACACUGACACCCGAUGUUCUGAAGAUCAGAAGGGAGAUGUCUAAGGAAGUGGCCACCGAACUCCAGAGUUUCUUGAUCAAGGGAUCACUUACUGGCACCCAGACACCAUCCAAUGGACAUGUUUGCACUUCUGGUUCUGACCCAAGGGAAGCUGUGCGGGACAUCCUGAGGAAAACCAAAGAGGAGGCUUCCAACAAAAGCCUGGAUAAGAUUUUCUCUGUUAAUUUGGAUGAGCGGCUCACAGACUCCAUUGCCGAUGCCCUAUAUCCAAAGCUGCAUGACACAUUGGAGUCCAAGAGAGAGCUGCAUGCUUCUUAUUACAGCUCCCAGAUCAGCUGCAGCCUCAGCCCCUUCGAAGUUGAGAACAGCCUAGAGCUCCAGGAGUUCAGUGACCCACUAUCUGAGUCAAUAUUGUGUCUCCUGGAUAGGACAUUUGGAGACAAAGCUCUGAACUUAAAGACAGGCGGAGGUGUUUUCCAAUAUGUCACAGACCCAACCUAUAAGAAGCUUUUGAUUGGACCCCACACCAAUGACGUCAAUGUGGUUGUGCACACGAUUGCAGUGGAGGAGUUGCCUGUUGAGGGUUGUAUUGCGCAAAGUGAGGCCAUUCAUGGCCUUCACAAGAAGCAAGAGUUACCCUCCAAUACCAGUGGCAGAGGGAAUGAGACCCCAAGCCCUACUAAUUGCCUGCUAGAGGGGGUAGUGGGCAAACUGGUCCAGAAGAUGCUAUUUCAGGGCCUUGACAUCCCUGAGGUACCCAUGAACGACAGCCGCUCUGAGACGUUUAAGCUACAGUAUGAACUGGUGGCGAAGCUUUGUCCUCUGAUGGUAAGGACAAUCAUGGCUACAACCAUAGCCAAUCAACCACCUACUAUUCAAGAAGCAGUGAUGUCUUCCGAGAACAUCCAUGUGAAACAGCUGUGUGAGGCAGCUUUCAAACCCCUCAAAGAGAACCAUGUACCCGAUGUCUCUGAGACAAACAUCAUGGUCAGAAGGGCUUUGAGUGAAAUUGAAUCCUGUAUGAUUGAGACCUCCGAAGAGGACUCUCCCAGUCUACAUUCCACACCAGAGGUGGUUGUAGACCUGAUCACCAAGCUGCUUCAUGGGUAUGAGCUUGACCCGGAGGACUUUGCAUCACCUGUGUCAUCCCCAACCACCCCUCUCUCUGAUGUGGCAAUGGACAUGGUGGUUUCUGUCCUUCGGGACAUGUCCGAUUCCCCAGACGUUACCUCAGCAUUGGAAAUGACAAAGGAUCUCAAGAUGCCGUACUCCCGCCUCUCAAGUGCAAGGAUUGUCAGUGCCCUCUGCAGAGAGCUGGAGGAGCACAUGGGCUCCCCUGAUGCCCUGAGGCGAGCUCUGAGCCACGGCAGCGGGGAGAUGACAACAGCCAUUGCGAGUGCACUCACCAGGGAAGUCAAUCAUCUGGGUUCAAUCUUCCCCAAAGUCUCUGUCCGGCCGCUAUCCUCAGACAUCUGCCUGAGGACACACCAGGACAAGGUCAUGGUUAAGAGCCGAUGUGGAUCGGCUGAGGUGAAGACGUCCCAACCUGUGUAUAUUAUUGUUCACGUAGAGGCGGUGAUGGAUAUCAUUGUCCGGCUGCUGUCUCUGAUUGUUCCUCGGAACCAGGUUAAACUGUCUGGCUGGACCCUAGUUGAGGAUGUGACCAACAAGCUGUCCAGUGCUCUGUGGGUGAGGGUGACUAACAGGUGGAGCGAAGCAAAUGUCUGCCUGAAGGCAACAGACAUCUUUCAGUUGGUGCUGGCUGUGCAUAGAAAGUUGACUCAACGCUAUGGCACAGAGGAAGCACUACAGAAGAUACUGUGCCACAAGGCACCCAAGCUGCACAAGGACAUUGUCUGCCUUGUCACGAAUGGAAUUAUGGAAGCACCAUCCAAACUUCAAGGCACCAAAAAUCUGGAAUCUACACUCAACUUGAAAGAAUUGACUGCUUUGUUUAAUGAAAUGACGACCCGUCAAUCUUUGAAUAAGAACGCUGAACAGAGCAGCAUCAAGACUGUGAUUGAACAGCCGGAGCGGUCCACUGUGGAACAAGUGACAUCCGGUUCCACCAGCUUCAUUAGGGAGCGUCUACUAGAACAAGUCCUGAUGAAGCUUGUCAAGAAGAUAUGCCGCAUGCCAAAAAGGACCAAGAAGCAUCAGUGCAUCCAGAUCAGUGAUAUGGUGACAGAGCUGAUCAGAUUGUUUGAUGAUGAGGUGGCCAAAUAUUUGAUUGAGAACAUGGAGAGCCAGCAAACAAGUUUGGAUUCUAAGAUGACAUCGAAGCUGGCAGAUGCCAUCUACACUGACCUAGGGAAGGUCAAGCGUUUGAAACGCUACUUGAAAAUUGAGGAUUUCUUUGAGGAUCAGGAAAUGCUUUCCAUUGUCUCUGUCAUUGUUUCUCACAAGCUACUGGCCAUCCUGAAACCCUCAGUGCCCAACCCAUAUGACAGCGAGGCCUCAGACCUUGAAGACUCAUGCAGUGAUUCCUGCAGCUGGGAUGAUGUGGAGGAGGCGGAAUCUGAGGGGGUGCAUUAUGCCACCGGCAGAAAGGUAAGACAAGCUCAGAUUACUCUUGAAUGGUCAUUGGUUGUACUUUUUGAUAUCGGCACCAGUAGGUAUAAUUGGAUAAUUAUAGGAAUAUGUAAAGGAAAUGAAAUUGAAGUUUAAUUGUGCAUCCUUGAAUUCUGAUCACAGUCCAACGUGAGCAUCGCCCUUAGAGACACUACAGAGCAGCCAGAGGUGUACAUUGCUGUGGAUUCUCCACCCGUGAGUGAGUAUUCCCGGGGGGAAAUGUUCUCAUGCGACAAUUAGAUAUAAAGAAGUAUAAAGAAGUAAUAAAUAUAGGUUUUAUCAGACAAUUAUCUAUCUGAAAUUAUUUCAUAUUUUCAUCUUCUUGCCAGUUAAAUUAUCCAAGAUGAGGAAGGGCAUCCAGGGCUUCUUUUGGGGAGUCCAGAAGGCCUGGAAACGCUUGGUCACCUGCGACUCCUCUGGGACCUCUGAGGGGUAG